UGAAGACACAACAACCAAACUUCCCUCAAAUAAAUAAAUAUCCCAUGAACAAUUACCAAUAAUCAAUAUUCUACCGAAGGAUGUCGGACAUCCCCUCCGUCAUCGGGUUCACCCUCCUGGUGGCACUUCUGGCAUCCAUCUUCGUCUUCGUCCAGCGAAGGAAAUUGGAUCCCCGGGAACCACCUGCGGUCUCCAGCGCAAUUCCGCUCGUCGGCCAUCUGGUGUCAUUCCUGUACUAUGGCCUCGAGUACUUUGCGAUUAUGAGCCGCAAAAACCGCCUUCCUGCCUUUACGAUGGACAUGCUCUAUACGAAGGUCUGCAUCAUUGCAUCGCCAGAGCUGGUCUCUGCCGUGCGACGGAGCCGCAACGCAAUGUCACUUGGUCCGCUGUUCGCAAAUGUCGCCGAGAAUGGGGCAGGUGUUAACGGUCGCGGGAUGCAGCUUCUCCGGGACAAAGAGUCUGGAGGUCAGGGCCUGGGCCAGCAAACCGCAGACUCCAUGCACCCGCCUCUCUUGGGUAGCGGACUGGAUCAAAUGAAUGGGAAGAUGAUCGCUGUCCUCAAUACAGUUAUUGAUGAGUUGGCAUCGCAACCAGACGAUGUAGUGGACCUCUAUGAGUGGUGCUCGUACGCCGUUACGGUCGCCAGUACAGAUGCCGUGUAUGGUUCAUUGAAUCCUUACCGGUCAGAGAGCAACCGACGCGCUUUCUGGGCUAUGGAAUCGAAUUUUAGUCUGCUGAUGAUGAAUACCCUUCCCUGGAUCACCGCACGUAAACCGUGGAAAGGCAGAGAGCAACUAACCCAAGCCUUCAUCGAAUACUAUCAAGCGGAUGGACAUCUGGAUUCCUCGCAGUUGGCGUACAGUCGAUGGAAGGUUCAGCACGAGGGGGGCGCGACUAUCGAGGACAUUGCGCGUUUGGAGGUGGCGACGGGUCUGGCCAUUGUCUCCAACACCGUUCCAACCUCCUUCUAUUGCCUGUUUGACAUCUUCUCUCGUUCUGAUCUUCUUCACAAAAUCCGAGAUGAGAUCCUGGCAGGUGCCUUGUCGGUGGAUUCGGCGGGCGUUCACACCUUGGACCUGGCGGAUAUCCGUGAGAAGUGUCCGAUCCUCGUCUCCACGUUCCAAGAGACUCUUCGUACGCGGUCAAAUUCCGGGCAGCUGCGUGUUGUUCACAAAGAUACGUUACUCGAUGGUCGCGUGCUCGUAAAGGCCGGGUCCAUUCUUCUGAUGCCCGCAGCAAUUAUUAACAAGCACCAUUCCGUCUGGGGCUCGGACGCCGAUACAUAUGAACCAGACCGGUUUAGCAAGGUCGACCCGGUCGAAAGGCGAUCAAAGGCGACUGGAUUCAUGUCAUUUGGUUCAUCCCCACAUAUCUGCCCAGGACGCCAUUUCGCAUCAGGAGAAAUCUUGGCACUGGUGGCAAUGAUCCUGGUGCGAUUUGACGUUCGUCCCGUUCGGGGCACAUGGAUCGAACCCAAAGUCAACACAAGGGCAGUCACCGCAUCGAUGCCUCAGGUGGCGGAGAAGGUCGAAGUGAAACUUUCGGAGACGUCCAAGUUCGCAGGCGUGAAAUGGACAUAUCGCCUCACGCCGGGGAAGGGAACUUUUGGUUUGAUCACUGGAUAAGUGACUGGUUGGGACGUCUGUGGCGGUUGCGUCGACUGAAUGCUGAGCGCAGAACAUAUGAUGGAGCUUCGAAACUAAAUCGC